UCCGGUUGUCAUAAGUGGCUUGUCUUUUCUGUCAUGUUGAUUUUGUCCUUGUUGAGUUGAAAUAUUGUGAAACGUAAUUAAAAUGCAAAGGUUUUAAUUUUACCUCAAUAAAUGAUAUUGGUGCGAGAUUCCAUAGUGUUUUACAGUGUGAGAAGUGUACAAGUAUUGUGAAAUUCCAAGAUGGCAGUGUCAAAAUCGACGAACACAUACAAUCGUCAGAAUUGGGAAGAUUCUGAUUUCCCAAUUUUGUGUCAAACAUGUCUUGGCGAUAACCCCUACAUUCGCAUGACUAAAGAAAAAUAUGGGAAAGAGUGCAAAAUAUGCGCUCGUCCAUUUACUGUCUUCCGAUGGUGCCCAGGUGCACGGAUGCGUUUCAAGAAGACUGAGAUAUGUCAAACUUGCUCAAAAUUGAAGAAUGUUUGCCAGACUUGUCUAUUAGACUUGGAGUAUGGACUUCCAAUUCAAGUUAGAGAUGCAGCUCUCAAAAUACAAGAUGAUUUGCCUAGAAAUGAGGUUAAUAAGGAAUACUACAUCCAGAAUUUAGAUAAUCAAAUUUCUAAGAAUGAUCCGACUCAACCUAGUAACUCUGCACUUAAGUCAAAGGGGGCUUCAGACCUGCUGUUACGUUUGGCUAGAACUGCUCCUUAUUACAAGAGGAAUAGGCCACAUGUGUGUUCAUUCUGGGUGAAAGGAGAGUGUCGGCGUGGUGAAGAAUGUCCAUAUCGCCAUGAGAAACCUACAGACCCUGAUGAUCCAUUGGCUGAUCAGAACAUCAAGGACAGAUAUUAUGGUGUAAAUGAUCCAGUAGCAGAGAAACUGAUGCGUAGAGCUGCAGCGAUGCCUGCCCUGCCACCUCCUGAAGACAGGAGUGUUACAACUUUAUAUGUUGGGAACCUGCCGGACAACUGCACUGAAGACGAGCUUCGUGGACAUUUCUAUCAGUAUGGAGAAAUUAGGUCCCUCACUCUUGUGCCUAGAGCGCAGUGUGCCUUCGUUCAGUACACAACCAGGAGUGCAGCAGAGCAUGCUGCUGAGAAAACCUUCAACAGGCUCAUCAUUGGUGGCAAGAGACUCACCAUCAAGUGGGGGAAAUCUCAGGGCCGCCAAGGUGUCAAUGAGAAGAACGAUACUGCGCCCGCGCUGGAGCCCGUGCCGGGCCUGCCGGGUGCGCUGCCGCCGCCCGCCUUCUUACAUCCCUUCCCGCCACAGAUGCCUCCGCCCCCGAACCGGCCCAACGACUUCUUCAACCUGCACCACUACGGCGGGCCGGGCGCGGCGUGGGGCGCGUGGCCGCCCGGCGUGGCGCCGCCCGCGCCGCCGCCGCCCGCGCCGCUGCACUACCCCAGCCAGGACCCCGCCCGCCUCGGCGCGCAUGCGCACGCCAACGCGCCGCAGACCUAGGCUCACCUACGGCCGACUUUUUUAACUAGAUAGAUAACAGCAUUCAUUAGGUCGACAGACACAUGCAUAUGGACAAAAAGGAAAAAUAGACAAGAAAACGUUGGGUUGUCUAUAAAAUGCAUUUCAUUUCUUUUUCCAUUAAAUAAAUAAGUAAAUAAACAGAUGGGUGAAGGUAACUUCUUUUUUGGAUCCUCUACUAUAAGUACAAAACCAAGAAAUCUGUGAGAAUUUAUUAUUGUCACUAUUGUAUUGUAUAGAUGAAAUAUGGAACUACCUCAAAUAACGUGAAUUUGGUUAGAAUACAAAUUCAGUCACAGACGUGAUUUAUGUAGUGUUCAACAACAUACAAUUUGCUUUUGAUGUUACAUAUUGUUGGUAAGAAUAUAUUUUUGGUGUAACAAGAACGAAAUCUUUAUCACCAUGAUAAAUAUACUUACUUAUGUGCUUUCUGCAGACUGAUAUGAUAUACAUACACAAAAUAUAAAUAUAUAUUAAAAUAGUACUAAUUUUAUCCAAUAUCAUAUUUUAUCACAAAUAAAUUGGACUCAAUUUUUCUCAGAAAAUGUAAAUGAAGGCUGGAAUGCAGCAACACCGAAAGAGUUUGUUUUUUGUUAGAUUAUUAAGUGUGAAAUGUGUAAGAACUUUGUAUGUAACAUGAAUGUAUGUAAAUAUAACAUGAAUUAAAAU